AUGACCAUCCAGGAUGAUAUUAUUGCCCCCGCGCUGGAUCCGCAGGCCGAGGAGUCUUUCAAGGAGAAGACGCGCAAGAGGACGCUCGGCAAUCUGCGCCUCGUCCAUCCCGAGACGAAUGCCGUGAUUCUCGUGCCCACGCCAUCCUCUGACCCCAACGACCCAUUGAACUGGUCAUCAUGGCGCAAAUACUACGUCGCCGGGGUUCUCUGCCUGGCAAUGGCCGUGUGCAACUUCCUCGCCGCCGGGCCAGCCAUUGCGGUGCCGGCCACGGCGGCGGACUUCUUCCCGGAGUCCCUGACGGACGGCACAUUCAUCACCUCGGCCAUCCCAAAGACGGCCUACUUCUUCACCACCACGUCUCUGCUCAUAGGCCUGGGCAACAUCGUCUGGGUGCCAGCGGCCAACAAAUGGGGCCGGCGGCCGGUGUACAUCUUGAGCUACACCAUCUACUUCGCCACGGCAGUAUGGCUCAUCUAUGAGAAGUCGUAUGCUAGGUUUCUCGCGGGCAGGAUCCUCAUGGGCUUUGGGUCUGGUGCGGCAGAGACGCUCGCGCCCAUCACGAUUGCCGACGUCUUCUUUCUGCACGAAAGAGGCAGAGUAAUGUCUGCGUAUACCUGCUUUCUGUCCAUCGGCGCGUCGGGAGGGUUGGUGAUCUCUGGCCUCAUCACAAUCAACCACACCUGGCGGACCAUCUACCAGGUCGGCGCUGCUCUAGUCGGCUUCGUCCUUGUUGCCCUGCUCCUUACCGUGCCCGAGACCAGCUACUCCCGGACAAAUGACGAUGCCUCGCUCGCCUUGGACGUAGCCGGUGACGCGGCGACAACGGGCGCGACUCAGGAGGCGCAGGCUUCCGUGAAGAAGAUGAGCUACGUCGAGUCGCUGUUGGUCUUCAAGGCUGCGGGUACGAGCGAGAACCUCUUUAAGAUGAUGAUUCGCCCCUUUGGCCUCAUCAUCCUCCCACCGGUGCUCUGGUCUGCCCUUGCCCUGUCGGUCACGAUUGGGUUUCUGGUGGCCGUCUCGUCCAACUCAGCCUCGGCUUUUAAUCUGACGUAUGGGUUUGCAUCCUGGCAGGUUGGGCUCUGCUACAUCGCCGGCGUUAUUGGCUCCCUGUUGGGGCUUCCUGCAGGGGGCUAUCUGGGAGACAAAGUUGCAGACAUUCUGACAAAGCGAAACAACGGUAUCCGAGAACCGGAGAUGCGGCUUCCAGCAGUCAUGGUCUCUGUGAUCACGACUCCUCUGGCUCUGAUACUCUAUGGCGUUGGCAUCAAGUACCAACUGCACUGGAUAUGUCCUACCAUCGGACUGGGCCUCCUCAACUUCUCCAUCACGCAGGCCAACACAAUCUGCGUCGUGUACGUCAUUGAUUCAUACCGGCCUGUUGCGGGCGAGAUAACGCUGGCCGUCACCGGCUUCAAAGCCCUCUUUGCCUUUUUCCUCUCCUUCGAAACGAACCCUUGGAUCAAUGCCGCUGGCUAUCAGGACGGGUUUGGAGCCAUGGCGGGAAUUGCGGGGGCCGUCCUCAUCCUGUGGAUCCCGCUGUAUUUCUGGGGAAAGCAAAUCAGGCAUAAUUCGUGGAAAUGGAGCGUCAUUUCCUUUGUCCACUGGGACAAUGAUCGCGAGGUGGGAGAAUGA